GUGUAACGGAAAACAUGGCGGCGCCGUGGUGUGGACAUACUUAGGGCAAAUUCAGUUCAGUCACAGAAACUUACUUGGUGUCAGUAAUGAUUAUUUAGACACAUGGUAUUUUGAAGUAAAGUAACAGUCGGUGUCAGUAUGUGGACGACCAGAAGAGCAGCAGGAGCUGCUCUGAAAAUCCUCCACCACCUCCACCAAUGCUGUAAACCCACAGCGCUGAGGAGGGGGACUGACGGGCUCUGCAGGUUUAUGUCAUCAUCAGGACCCCCGUGGAGGCUCCUGUUCUUCGGCACGGAUAACUUUGCUGUGGAGUCUCUGAAACUCCUCACAUCCAGCAGGAGCUCCAGUGAAGACAUCGUGGAGUCCCUUGAAGUUGUUACUCUCUCUGGCAAUGUCCCAGUGAAGACGUUUGCUGAACAGAACCACCUUCCAGUCCACAGAUGGCCCCCUGACAUUGUGGAUGGACAGUUUGAUGUCGGGGUGGUGGUGUCUUUUGGCUGUUUACUCCAUGAGAGACUCAUCAACAAGUUUCCAUACGGUAUUUUGAAUGUUCACCCCAGCCUGCUGCCGAGGUGGCGAGGUCCAGCACCCAUCUUCCACACUGUUCUGCAUGGUGACACUGUGACAGGAGUCACCAUCAUCCAGAUCCGCCCUCACAGGUUUGAUGUGGGCCCUAUUCUCAACCAGGAGCUCCAUCAGGUCCCUGAUAACUGUACUGCUGAUGAGCUUGGAGCUGUCCUAGCAACUAAGGGAGGACAUCUGCUGAUUGAUACGUUAAGGACACUGUCUGAAAGAUUGCCGCAUAAAAGGGAGCAAGGAGAGACCGGUGCGAUAUUUGCCCCAAAAAUCAAUACCUCCAUGAGUUGGGUGGUGUGGGAGGAGCAAACCUGUGACCAAAUUGAUCGUCUAUAUCGUGCCAUCGCAUGCCGGAUACCUUUGAGGACGACAUGGAUGGGCAAGACAGUAAAACUUCUGGAUUUUGUAGGAAAAUGUCACAUUUCAUUAUCAGAUGAAACGAGGAAACCUGUCCCUGGCUCGGUGACCUAUCAGAAGGAGUCCAAUACUCUGGCUGUCUGCUGUAAGGAUGGCUGGGUGGGAUUCAAGGCAGUGCUUCUGAAAAAAAGACUGUCAGCACUUGACUUCUAUAAUGGCUACCUGCAUCAGACAGUGAAGAAGACACCCCAUGAGACAGCUGGAGGACUGUUUGUCAGUAGACAAGGAGGAACUGAAGCACAUCAGAAGAGAGAAAAAUUAGUGUUGUGAUGUUUCAACAAUAAUUCUAUUCCCUGAUGUGAACACUGCAGACAUGACAUCACCCAAUGGAAAUGACUUUAGUUAAGUUGUUACUCUUACUACUUACUGUCUGUUUUAGGACAUCUGCAUCUACAGUACACUUACUAUAUUAAUGUAUUUAUACUGUAUACUAUAAAUGCUGUUGGCUGGCAUGCCAGGAACAGUCAUUAAAGCUUUAUCUUUCCCUA